AUGCCCUUCUCAGUCACGAUGCUACUUUCCAGGCCGCUCCAGCGCGCCCUCCCCGCUGCUGUCUCGCCACAGGCACGCGCCUCCUACCUUGCUCUCUACAGCAUCUCGCGCGCCACCCGCCUGCCACUGUCCCUGCCGUUGUCACAUACCCGCAAGUCGUCGAGGUUUCAUCGAUCCGACUUUAGCGGCCAGGGCUUCUCUUCUUUCUACGAGCCAGACCAGCCAACCCGGGGCCCGCUGGGCGGCGCAAGCAGUGUAGGUGCCGGGGUCAUCACGCCCAAGGUCCUGCGCCAGCAUCUCGACCAAUUCGUUGUCGACCAGGAUCGCGCAAAGAUAGUCCUGAGCGUGGCGGUCCAUGAGCACCAUCUGCGCAUACAGGAGCUCAAGCGACAGCAGCAGGAGCAGGCGAGGUUGGAGGCCCAGGCCCAGAGGAGGGCGUCCGUCUUCCGCCAUCCUGUAGAAGUAGACGAGUUUCCGGGCCAGCAGUCUACCGUAGAAUUGCACAAUCAUAAUGACCCCCAAUCCUUCAGCGAAGCCCCAGCCUAUCGGCCGGCGUCGGACUCCCCGGCAGACCCUGACUCGUUAAUUGACAACAGCGAACACCAGCUGCUGAUAGAAAAGUCCAAUGUGCUCAUACUCGGUCCAACAGGUGUUGGCAAAACGCUCAUGUGCAAGACACUGGCAAAGACACUGGGCCUGCCCAUUUCCAUGUCUGACUGCACCACCUUCACACAAGCUGGAUACAUUGGUGAUGAUGUGGAAUCAUGUGUAGCUCGUUUGUUCUCUGCUGCAAACUAUGACAUUGAAGCGACAGAGCAUGGCAUCAUAGUACUGGAUGAGAUUGACAAGAUUGCUGGCACAAAGAUAUCAUACGGCAAGGACGUUGGUGGAGAGGGGGUCCAACAAGCCCUCCUCAAGAUCAUUGAGGGUACUACUGUGCAGGUGCAAGCCAAGCCAGAGAAGAGUGCCAACAGACCCGGUGGCACUGGUAGAAUGGACACGCCUCAACCUCCUGGUCCAGGAGCAAGCAAGGGCGAGGUCUUCAACAUCCGAACUGACAACAUUCUCUUCAUAUGUACCGGCGCAUUCUCGAACCUCCACAAGAUCAUCCUCGACCGGAAAUCUAAAAGUGGCAUGGGCUUCGGGGCGUCAAUACGGUCAUCCAGCGCACAUGCGGCUGCUGAUGGUACCAUGUUGAGAGGUCCAGAGGCCGAGUUGUUCAAAAAGGACGCUCCCUUCUUUGUUCCACCAAAGUCAGAAGUGCCAAACCCCUUUGGCAUCAGACAAGUCGUAAAGGAAGACAAGGUCAAUGUGCUUGAUCAUGUGCAACCAGAAGACUUGCAGAAAUUCGGCAUGAUACCUGAACUUAUUGGCAGAAUACCCACCGUUUGUGCGGUGGCAGCUCUAGACGAAGACGCCCUGGUUCGUGUACUCACUGAGCCCAAGGACAGCCUCAUCCGGCAGGAGGAGCACAAGUCGUAUCUUAGGAAUAUUGAGCUGCGCUUCACCACAGGAGCUCUGCGGGAAAUUGCACGCAAAGCCAGCAAGAUGGGUACUGGUGCUCGUGGGUUGCGACACAUUGUUGAUCAGCUUCUCCUACAAGCCAAGUACGAGACACCUGGAUCAAGCGUCAAGCACAUCCUCGUAACGCAAGACGUCGCCCUCCUCAAGCGCGCACCACUAUACUUCCACCGAGGCCAAUCCGCCGCCUUUGAAGCCACGCACGCACAAGAAGAAGAGAAAUGGGAGGAAGAGCUUCGUCGCCACGAAGACCCAUCGAUCCUCAUGGUCAACAACUUCCAAGAGUACAGGAAAGCUGGUGCUGCAGGCUUUUAG